UAUGUAUGUAUGUGUUAUCUAUACAUUAAACAUAAAUAUGAAUCCAUUAUGUGUUUAAAAACAAUUAUUUUAAUGUUAAUUGUCAUAUAUUUGACUAUAUUUACAACAUUUUGUUGUGCUUUCAAAGAGGAAACAGUCGAUAGAUUGACUGUAAGCGUCGUUACUUCUAGUGGUGAGUCCAACACUGAACCUAAACCAGAAUUAAGAGGUCGAGUGAUAAGUUCAUCUCAAAGGUCAUCUAAUGGCGAUAAUCUUCGCAAAGAUAUAUUAGACUCGAUAUCGUCGCGAAUCGACGAGUCGUCUUCAUUGACGACUACAAUAAAUCAGAAGAGUAGUGCAAAAGACAAGAAUUCAAAUCAAAAAGAUUCACCGAAAACGGGUAAAAGAUCUUCAAAAACAAGUGAUGUCAAGUGUGGCGGACAGGUGUCGGUCUAUAUUAGUGAAGAAAUAACUACACCGUUAUAUCCAUCGAAAUAUCCGCCAAACUUGGACUGUAAGUGGAAUAUCAGUGCCCAAAGUGGCCAAAGAAUUAAGAUCGAGAUUUUUCGAAUGAAUGUCGAAAAAGACGAAAACUGCAAAUUUGAUUAUCUCGACAUCAAAGGUGUACAACGACUCUGUGGUAAAGUGACGGACUCGACGAUUGUGGUUAACUCAUCGCAAGUCGAACUCAGGUUUCGGUCCGAUUCAAGUAAUGAAGACUUUGGUUUUCAUCUGAGAAUUAUUACUGAAUCACAUGAUUGUGUCCGAGAAGUCAAUGUCACAAACUAUGCAUUUGUAAAUUCACCCAAAUAUCCGGCCAAUUACGACGAUUCGACCGAUUGUUGGACACUUAUCCGAACAGAGGCCAGCACUACACUAGUACUUACAUUUGAGGUACUGGUCCUCGAGCACGACGAACACUGUGCCUAUGACUACCUCGAAGUGUUUGACUCCAAUACAGUCAACAACUCUUUGGGAAAGUUAUGCGAAAAGCCGGAUAACGUUACACUUUCUCUUCAGUCUUCAAGUAAUGUUUUACUUCUUCACUUUCAUUCCGAUCAACUAUUAAAUAAUAGAGGAUUUCGGGCGGAAGUGACCACAUCUAAGUACUCGGUCGGUAAUUUUGGUUGCAAUUGGAAAGUAAAUUGGAGUAAUAUGACUCUUAAUAGUCCUAACUUUCCUAUGAAUUAUCCGCCAAAUGUUAAUUGUGAGCUAUCAAUAUCUGCACCGACACCAGAGGAACGACUUAUAAUCUUAUUUGAAUGGAUUCAUUUAGAGACCGGAUCUAAGUGUGAAAACAAUGAUAGACUUGAGAUUUGGGAGAACGAGAAGGAGGCAACUCGUGUAAUAUGCGGCCGAUUCUCACAACCAUUCAAAUAUGUGGCCAACAAAAAGACAAUUAAACUUAAAUUUAUUUCCGAUAGUUUUGCUGAAUUUCCCGGUUUUACAGCAAAACUAACAUAUCUUCAUCCACAACAAGAACCACGAAUUGGCCAAAAAUUAUUGCGUUCUCCAGAAAAUGCUUCGGUUGCCAUCGGAUCUACACAUGUAUUGCAUUGCGAUCUAUUGACUAAUGAACCGAUCACUUGGUUUAAGGGCGACAAACAAAUCACAACCGGUGUCGCACCCAAUGGUCGGACACUUAUUAUUAGAGAAUUUACUACAAGUUCUGAAGGUCGCUAUAUCUGUAAGUUUGGGAACGACUAUCGAGAAGCAUGGCUUAGGGUUAGAAGAGAUAAGUGUCCGUCUGUUAUAUUUCGCAAAAGACCUAAAGAUAUGAGUGUCAGUGAUGGAGAUUUUAUUGUUCUCGAGUGUAAUAUUGUAGAUUCAAAGAGUCCGGUCAAAUGGGAACGGGAUGGCAGAAGUUUAGCCAACAAUUCUAGAAUAAAUCAGUUACAUAACGGAUACCUUUUAUUAGAUCCAGCAAUGAGUGAAGAUUCGGGUAUUUAUUUUUGUAUUGCAAAUUCAGAUUUAGGUGAUUGUGCUGUUAGGUCCGGUGCGAGGGUUAGUGUUAAUAGAAGGGUAAAUGUUAACAAUGUUUGCGGUGUCUCUCAUGUCAACGAUGCCAACACUGAUGUGUCUAAGAUUAUCGGCGGCACUGAGGCUACGAAAUCUGCAUUUCCAUGGCACGUCAUGUUUUGGGAUUACAGGAGAAAAGCAUUUUGUGGUGGAGCAUUAGCUAAUGAGCGAUGGGUUAUAACUGCUGCUCAUUGUUUCGAGACAGGUUCCGAGUCGGCCAUUGAAGUCAAACUCGGCAAAUAUGACCAAACAAUGAGCGAAGAUACAGAAAUUGUUACCAAAAUAGCCGAAGUUAUCCGUCAUCCGGACUUUAGUCGCGACACAUUUGACAACGAUAUAGCAUUAGUCCGUUUGGAUCAACACAUUGCUUUCACACCACACAUCGCACCUAUUUGUUUGGUCGACAAACGUGAAAGAAGACAAAUGGAUGAGUACUUUCUGAAGCCUAAUAGUGCGUUACGCAUCGGUCAUGUGACCGGUUGGGGUCAACUUAAAGAAAAUGGACCACAACCUCGAUAUCUUCAAGAGCUAAGGGUGCCUAUUGUCGAAGAAAACAAGUGUCGGGCUUCUACUGCAUUCAAAGUAACCGCAAACAUGUUUUGUGCCGGUUAUGGAAAAGAAGUGUUAGGAGAUGCCUGUAAAGGUGACUCCGGAGGACCAUAUGUGGUGCCCUGGAAGUCAAGAUGGCUUAUGUUAGGAGUGGUUUCAUGGGGUGAGGGCUGUGGUCGUAGCGGUAAAUUUGGUUUCUAUACUAAAGUCAAUAAUUAUUUAGAUUGGAUUAACGCAAUCAUCAAAUUGUGAUAUUAUUUUAUAUAAUAGUAUUUUAUAUGUUAACUAUUAUCAUAUUAUUUACUUAAUAUAAGUAUUACUGUUAGCUAUUUUCAUACUAUUUGU